CCACCCUUCAUUGAGAGAGAAGAGACUCGCCGUAUCUUCCUUCUCAUCGAGACCAGACCAGACCAGAUCCCCCCUCGCCGAGCAAAAGCCGCCGCCGCCGCUCUAGUCUUCCCUUCCCGCGCGUCGGCGCCGCCCUCACGCGAGAAGGAGAAGCAGCAGCAGCAGCAGCCAUGUUCGGCUCCACCAACCCAUUCGGGCAGUCAUCCACUAGCCCAUUUGGCCAAACCCAGCAGGGAUUCGGCCAGGCUACCACUGCCGCCAACAAUCCCUUCGCACCAAAACCAUUUGGCAGCCCAACCACCCCUUUUGGGGCACAGACUGGAAGCUCGCCUUUUGGCACUACAUCCACUGGCGCCUUUGGGCAGCAGCAAUCCACUCCCACAUUUGGCACCCCGUCCUCCUCUUUGUUUGGGAGCUCCACGCCAGCUUUCAGUGCAUCGCCCACCCCUGCCUUUGGUGCCGCAUCCUCCACCUUUGGCUCAGGAUCUUUAUUUGGACAAAAGCCAAGUUUUGGGGGUUUUGGAUCAUCUCCUAGCCAGUCAAGUCCUUUUGGUACCACGUUCCAGCAAACACAGCCAACAUUUGGCAGCAGUACUUUUGGUGCGACAACUACGCCAGCCUUCGGUGCGACAACUACACCGGCCUUCGGUGCAACAACUACGCCGGCCUUCGGUGCAACAACUACGCCGGCCUUUGGCACCACAACUACACCGGCCUUCGGCACCACAACUACCCCAGCAUUUGGUUCAACGUCGACAUCUUUAUUUGGUGCUUCCAGCACCCCGACGUUUGGUUCUACAGCCUUUGGUUCAUCCACUCCUGGGUUUGGAAAUUCAGGAACCACAGCAUUUGGUGUGAGUAGUACUCAAGGUUUUGGAGCUCCGAGCAUGCCUUCAUUUGGCACAUCAACUAGUGCAUUCAGUUUUGGUUCUUCGGCAUCUUUUGGACAAACAGCAGCUUCGUCUGGUAGCUCUCCCUUUGGCACAACUCCAUCACCUUUCGGCACACAGACUUCUCCAUUUGGCUCACAGACAGCAGCGCCAACAUUUGGGCAAGCACAAUUUGGUAACCAAGCUGGAGGAACCAGGAUAAAACCUUACACUCAAACACCAGAUGUUGACAGUGCUACAAGUGGUGCUCAGCCUGCUGCAAAACUUGAUUCCAUAUCAGCGAUGCCUGAAUACAAAGACAAGAGUCACGAAGAAUUGAGGUGGGAAGAUUACCAGCGUGGAGACAAAGGUGGACCAAACCCUUCUGGAACUGUAGCAGCGACACCUAUCUUUCCAUCAUCUACACAACCGAAUCCUCUUACUGGUGCAUUUGGCCAAACUACUUUAAACCAAUUUCCAUCGGCAGCAACAAACAAUCCAUUUGCUACUAAGCCAACUUUUGCUUCAACUGGUUUCGCGUUUAAUAAUCCAUCAGCUGCAAGUGCGAGCCCAUUCACAUCGUCCACUAGUACCACACUAUUUGGACAAACAGGUGGUUCUGCAUUUCCAGCAAGUAGUUCACCGUCUUUGUUUCCAAAUACCAAUCCUGCUCUUGCUUCAUCUUCGUUAUUUGGCACAUCAUCAGCGAAUACAAGUCCAUUCAGCACUGGCUUGUCGUUGGCUAACACUCAAUCAGUUGGCCUAUUUCAAUCUUCCCCAGCGUUUGCGCAACAUCCAUCAAGUACACUGGCUUUCUCCUCUGGAAGCCAAUUCAGCACACCUAACUCUGGUGGUCUGUUUGGCAGCGGGUCUUCAAUUUUUUCAACACUAUCAUUUCAACCAUCUGCCCCUGCUCAAACUUCAAGCAUGUUCUUCCAAUCUCCGACUCAGCCAGCUCCUACAGGUGGAUUCCCUGGUUUUUCCAACACUGCAAAUCAGGCCCUGAUUGGACAGCCAACUCCUAGCCAAUCCAAUAUGGUCAUGCAGCCUGCUCCUGUUUCGCAUCCAUUCGGGACACUUCCUGCAAUGCCUCAGAUGUCCAUUGGAAAUGCUGGAUCUUCUCCUUCGGUUCAAUAUGGAAUAUCAAGUUUGCCGGUUGCUGAGAAGCCUCUUCCGAGCAGAACAUUAUCCAUGGUGGUUCCGAGGCAUUUGUCACAGAGAAGGAUAAAAUUGCUCCCAAGAAAAUAUAAUCCAAUAUCUGAUGGCAAGGUUCCAUUCUUUGCUGAUGAUGAAGAAUCUCCUGCAACACCAAAAGCGGAUGCUUUUUUCAUCCCUAGAGAGAACCCGAGGAGCCUGAUAAUCCGUCCAAUCGAUCAGUGGCCUUCACGGAGUGGAAUUGACAGGCAAUUGAUUCCAAAGGAUUCAGCUGAUUUGGAAAAAUAUAAAGGUGCUUCUGCAGAAAUUGAGCGUGAUAAGACUGCCAUGUCACCAAGCAUGCCUUCUCCAGUGGAAAAUGGCAAUCACUUUGAGCCCAAGCAGCACUGGAAUGGCACUUCAGUUGAGAGGCUGAUACCUAAGCUCCCACAUGCAGAUUACUUCACGGAGCCUAGCCUAGAGGAGCUUGCCGCCAAGGAACGUGCUGAGCCAGGCUACUGCUGUCGGGUGAGGGACUUUGUUGUUGGGCGUCAUGGUUACGGCAGCAUCAAGUUCCUGGGGGAGACAGAUGUGAGAGGCCUGGAUCUGGAGUCAAUUGUGGAGUUCAAUAACCGCGAGGUGAUUGUGUACAAGGACGAUAGCAAGAAGCCCCCGGUGGGUGAGGAGCUGAACAAAGCUGCACAGGUGACUCUUCUGAGGAUCAAGUGCAUGAACAAGAAGACUGGUGAGCAGUACCGUGAGGGUCCAAGGGUGGACAAAUACAAGGAGAUGCUGGUGAAGAAAGCUGAGGAGCAGGGCGCUGAGUUUGUGUCUUUCGACGCCGCCAAGGGAGAGUGGAAGUUCAGGGUGAAGCACUUCAGCGCCUACGGAUUUUGGUGAAGGCGCAGUAGGCCCUGCAGUUGCAGUAGGAGGAAGAUUAAUGAUGUUGUCACCUUGUUACGUUUUUUGUUUGCUUUGUUGCAGUAGUAAUUUGCACGCUGCAGUCAAUGUCAUGCAUGGGUUUAUGUUUUUUUUUUGUACAGAUUGUUGUUCUUGUAGCUGUAAUGUUUGCAAUUUGUGCAUGUACUGCUGCUAAAGUUAAGAGGGUCCAUCCCGUCGAGCUGGAAUGAAUGAAGGGGUGAUUCCAUGAA